AUGAGAGACGCAGUCCCUCUUGGCCUUUCCAAACUCAUUGUCAGUACCGUUGCAUCGGGUGGUACCGGCCCAGUGGUCGGGGAAACAGACAUGUCUCUCAUGUACUCUGUUGUCGAUAUUGCCGGCACAAAUCAGUUGCUAUGUGAGAUUCUCUCGAACGCAGCAGGCGCGAUUGCUGGCAUGGCCUUUUCCUACGAACGGAGACUGGCACGAGAAAACCCACGAACGAUGACGACCGGAAGGGGGAGAACUAGAAUUGGCAUAACAAUGUUUGGAGUCACGACCUCAUGCGUGGAUAAUGUCAGGCGUCAUCUAGAGAGUCACUAUGACGUGGAGAUAUAUGUUUUCCACGCCACUAGACAUGGAGGGAAAUCGAUGGAACGGCUAGUGGAAGAAGGCAGGCUCGAUGCUAUUCUGGACCUCACCACGACAGAGAUAUGCGAUCUUCUUGCUGGUGGGAACAUGCGCGCCGACCCCAAUCGCUUGGAAGCCGCAUUGAAAAGGGGCGUACCCAACAUUAUAUCCGUUGGCGCUGCGGAUAUGGUGAACUUUGGGCCACUCGAGACGGUUUCACCAUGUUACAAACACCGGAAACUGUACAAACAACCCCGCCGUUACUCUCAUGCGAACCUCAGACACCGAAUGUGCUGA